CGAAGUGUGGGAAAAGACUUGCAUUGUGCGGCUCGGUAACCAAGGUCGACCCGUUUUGGGCAAUUCCGAUCCAGGUCUUGGCUCCUGCGUUCAUCCUUUCCUCCUCCCCCUCCUCCUCCUCCCUGCCGGUGGUGCGGCACCGCCCACCCAACGCUUUACCCCUCCGACAACGCCGCGGUUGGUCUGCGCGACAUCACCAUGGCGCAGUACGCUCGUAGGGAUCCCUACGCUCAGGCGCGCCUCAUCGAGCAAGGGAUUGACAGCAAAAUCGUCAUCAUGGGCAACUCAGGUGUGGGCAAGACCAGCCUGCUCAGACGCUACACGCAGAACAAGUUCGACCCCAAGAACACGACGUCCACAAGCGGCGCGUUUUUCGUGACGAAGAAGGUGACCCUGCAAGGGCUCAAGGUCCGCCUCCAGCUGUGGGAUACGGCGGGGCAGGAGCGAUUCCGUAGCAUGGCACCCAUGUACUAUCGAGGCGCGAAUGCGGCUCUUCUACUAUACGACAUAACCGACGUAUCGACGUUCAAUGACAUUCGGGGAUGGCUAGAAGAGUUACACAAGAACUGCUCGCCAGACCUGAUCAUCUACAUCGUUGGCGCGAAGGCGGAUCUCGGACACUGUCGCCAAGUCACGCCAGACUUGGCUCGUCUGUCGCUACACAAUUGGUUUCCUCCAACACGACCCCCAUCGCCGCCUCCACCACCACCCCCACCUUCUACGCUAUCCUACAUCCGGCCCAGGUUCACCUCUUUCCCCGGACUCCGCUCACCACCAGCAAGUCCAGCGCCACUAGACUCGGAAUCCUCGCCAGAGCGCCAGGAGUUCCCGAUCUCUCAAUCCGCUGCAUUGCGCGCCGCACUGCAACGGCGACCUACCGCUGUGCAGCAGCAAAGAAGUCGGCCACGCUUUCACUCGACAGCAGGGCUUAACCGCUCAAAGACUCUUGAGGCUGGCCAAUUGCCUUCGCGAUUCGGGUCACAUUUUGGCUCGGCGGCGGGCGGAUGGAAGGAACUUGACUCGGGGAGUGAUAGCAUAAACGAGGAUGAGGGGCGCACGGUGAUAGACGAGGACGAUGAGCCAGAGUGGGGUCUUGCACGAGGAAUGCAGUUGUUCGAGGUGUCAGCGAAGGACGAUACUGGCAUAGUGCAACUCUUUGAGUGCCUCAUAGGCGAGAUCAUCCAGAAGAAGGACAGCAUCGAGCGCGAAAACGACCUGAAGAAGCGAGAUAGCGUCUGUCUAACGCCAACCGCUCCCGCAUGGUCCGCUCAGGCAGACGCAGAGGAGGCCCGUGAGAAGACGGCGCAGUCCUCCUCCGGGUGGAGUAGUUGCUGUUGAUGAGGAUCGUUCUGGUCGCGGAGACCUGCAUUCUUUCGCCGCUCCCGCCGCCACAGUUCUUAUCUCGUCGGUCCGACUGCCACACGCCAUUCGCGUACGCGUCGACCAUUCAUGUCCGCACCCAUCACCCACCAGUCAUCAACGUACACGCCCGUCCGCUCGUUUGCUUCUUCAUCACGCGCCCCCAUCCACGCACGCAACCAUCAGGCCGCCUUUCGCACAUCAGCCACUCCAGCCCUUCACCAUCAACCUUCCCCCAUCCGCGCAUCAGCCAUCCACCUGCACUCUGCCUUCUCUCCGACUUGACCGUGCCCCGAAUGGACCGUUGUCUCGCCACUCUCGUUCUUCCACUUGCUUUAUCAUCACUUAUCGCGGGGCUCGUCCGCGUACGCAUUUCCAG